CAACAGGAAGGCUGGGGAGGGUGGGACUGUUUCUUUUCCAUUCUCCAAUUAGCUUCCAAAUCUUUUUGGAGUCAGACAAAUGUGGGCUUAUGUCCCAGAUUCAACUCUUACUCAUUGAAUCUGUUUUCUCUUCUGUCAAAUGAGAUGGUGACUAUAAGAAGGUGUGCCUCAUAAGGUCGUUGUGAGGAUUAAAUGGGAUAUUGCACAGAGUUGGCAUAUAAUAAGUGCUCAUUAAAUGGUGGCUACCUUAAUCACUUAUUCGCUUAUUUGCUAAUUCAAUAAUAAUUUACCGGGCACCUUGUAUACGACAGGGAAUUUUCUAGGAAUUCAUGGUGUGGCAUCUUGGACAAGGCACGUGAUGUCCUGGACAUUCCACUGCCAGAGACAGAUAAGGAAAUGAUAAACAGAUAAGGAAAUGUUAGGCAGACAAGAGCUAUGGUUAAAAUAAAGCAGGGUGAUAUUUUAAAAAGUGGUGGGAGCUCCUUUUGAUUGAGUAGUCAGGGAAAAAAACGUGUCUUGUUUUGUUUCUGAGCAGGGACCCUGAAAGAUUGAAGUGCAAGGCACCAGAGGAAGGCAGAUGUUGUUGACAGAAUCCUGAAGUAGGAAGAGCUCAGAGAACAAUGUGGAGGCUGGAUCAGGGAGCCGCAGGGGGAGGGGAGGAGAAGUCAGAGGGGUAUCGGGCCAUGAAAUGUAGGGCCAUGUGGACCACAAUGAGGACUUCAGAUCUUGUUCAAGCAAAAAGAGAGCAUUGGAGGCCUUGGUGAGGGUUAGGGAUAUUAACUAAUUUACAUUUUAAUAGAAUUACUCUGACUUGGAGGGCAGUGAAACGACCAUCGACCAUCGGGACUAUAAGAAUGGAAGCAUGGGGAGCAGUGAAUGGGCUUUGCAGAGAUCAAUAUGAGACAUUUUUAAGUAAACUCAACCAUUUCCAUGAUUCAUGUCAAGGCUGUAUUGAAGUUGAAUAUCACCGUAAAAAGCACACAGCUCAAUACAUUUUCACAAACUGAACACACACGUGUAAUUGACAUGCAGAGGAAGCAACAACAGAGUCCCCAGAAAGCCCCCUCUUGUCCCCUUCCAGUCACUACCCUCCCACUAUCCUGACACCACAGGUUGAUCUUAUCUGUGUUUGAACUUCGUAUAAAUAGAAUCAUGAUGCAUGGACUCUUCCGCGUCUAGCUGCUUCCGCCCAACAUUAUGUCUGUGGGUUGCAUCCAUGUUAUUGGGUGUAGCUACAGUUUGCUCUUCUCUGCCAUUAUUCUGCCAUAAUAUUCCAUUGUGUGAAUCCCUCAUGGCAUACUCUAUAUCUAUGUUGAUGAACCUUUUAUUAUGAAGCCUUCUGUGAAUAUCCUUGUUCAUUUUUUUGGUGAAUGUACACACACAUUUUUGUUGGGCUUAUGUAUCUGGGAGUGAAGUGGCUGGAUCACUGAGUGUGCAUAUGCUGAGCUUCCGUAAACACUGCCCAGCAGUUUCCCAGGCAGCUACAAAACAGUGCCCCAUUGUCCAUGAGAAAUACUUUCCAAGAUCCCCAGUGGAUGCCUGAAACCUCGGAUAGUACCGAAUGCUGUACAUUCUACAUUUAUUCCUACACAAUCACAUCGUACAAGCUCCGAGAGAGAUAUGGGGAUGUCUUCACGGUAUACCUGGGACGGAGGCCCGCGGUCAUGCUGUGUGGGAUAGAGGCCAUAAAGGAGGCCCUGGUGGACCAGGCUGAGGACUUCUCUGGCCGGGGCAAAAUCGCCAUCCUUGAGACAGUCUUCCAGGGAUAUGGCGUGUUCUUUGCCAACGGGGACCACUGGAAGACCCUCCGGCGAUUCUCUCUGGCCACCAUGAGGGACUUCGGGAUGGGAAAGCGGAGCGUGGAGGAGCGGAUUCAGGAGGAGGCUCAGUGUCUGGUGGAGGAGCUGCGGAAAUCCAAGGGAGCUCUCCUGGACCUCGCCUUCCUCUUCCAGUGCAUCACUGCCAACAUCAUCUGCUCCAUUGUCUUUGGAAAACGCUUUGACUACAAAGAUGAAGAGUUUCUGAAGCUGCUGGACCUGUCCUACCAGUCUUCCUCACUCAUCAGCUCUUUCUCUGGCCAGAUGUUUGAGCUCUUUUCUGACUUCUUGCAGUUCUUUCCCGGCCCACACAGGCAAGUCUACAAAAACCUGCAGGAAAUCAGUGCCUUUAUUGGCCGCAGUGUGGACAAGCACCGGGAAACCCUGGACCCCAGUGCCCCUCGGGACCUCAUAGAUGCCUACCUGCUGCGCAUGGAAAAAGAGAAAUCCAACCCACACAGUGAGUUCAACCAGAAGAACCUCAUCCUCAACACGCUCUCGCUCUUUUUUGCUGGCACUGAGACCACCAGUAUUACCCUCCGCUACGGCUUCCUGCUCAUGCUCAAACACCCUCAUGUCGCAGAGAGAGUCCACAAGGAGAUUGAACAGGUGAUUGGCAAACAUCGCCCUCCAGCCCUCGAAGACCGGGUCAAAAUGCCAUACACGGAUGCUGUCAUCCAUGAGAUUCAGAGAUUCUCAGACAUUGCUCCCAUUGGCUUGCCCCACAUGGUCACCAAAGACACCCACUUCCGAGGGUACAUCAUUCCCAAGGACACUGAAGUAUUUCCCAUCCUGAACUCUGCUCUCCAUGACCCACGUUACUUUGAAAAACCAGAUGCCUUCAACCCUGACCACUUUCUGGAUGCCAAUGGGGCUCUGAAGAAGAAUGAAGCUUUUAUUCCCUUUUCCUUAGGGAAGCGCAUUUGUCUUGGAGAAGGCAUAGCCAAGGCCGAAUUGUUCCUCUUCUUCACCACCAUCCUCCAGAACUUCUCCCUGGCCAGCCCUGUGGCACCUGAGAACAUCGACAUCACACCCCAGGAGAAUGGUCUGGGCAAACUACCCCAACAAUACCAGAUCCGCUUUCUGCCUCGCCAAAGGGGCUGAGGGAAGGGGGCCAAAAGAUUCCAGGGUCAUUAAGUGUCAAAGACAAUGGCCCUGACUCCCUCCACAGCUCCCUGCCUCUGAGAGACCUGCUGCGAGCCCGUGUCCUUCCCCCUCCACAGCGUCUGCUGUCUGAGCUCACGUCGCUAGUAGUGGAGGAACAGGAUUCACACUCAGGCUCUAGAACCCAAACUUCAUCACAGCGCCCUCUUUUUCAUACACAUAUUUUUAAAUGAAGAGCAAAUUCACAUAAGAUAAAAUUAACCGUUUACAAUGUGAGACGUAGUGGCAAUGUUCAUUCACAACGUUGUCCAACCAGCAGCACGUAGUUCCAAACAUUUUUAGCAUCUGCUCCGGAUGAUCAAACUACAACCCAGACCUGUUAAGCAGUCACACCCGUUACCUAUUCCCCACUGGCCCCCAGAAAACUCCAAUCUGCUUUCUGAUUCUGCGGACUUAACUAUUCUGGAUAUUUCCUAUAAAUGGCAUGACGCAGUGCGUGAUGUUUUGUGUCUGUUCUCUCACUUCGAGCAAUAUUUUCGAGCUCAUCCAUGUUGGGGACCGCAGUCAUACCUGCCCAAGUCCUCCCUCUUCCUCACUCUCUGCUGCCGCUUCUUCCUUCUUCCUGCUUUAAAAAGGCCUCUUCAGCCCAUGUCACCUGAGCCGUGUGAUUUCCUUUCAAGUCUCCUGAGAAUCAAAUAAACAGCUAAAGCC